AUGAUGUGGCAAUCAUUAUUUCUACUGAUCUCGCUGGCAUUUUUAAGAAUAUUUAGUGUUGAUAAAAGCAAUUUUAAAACAUGUGAACAAUCUGGAUUUUGUAAACGUCAACGUGCUUUCCAAUCAUCUCCAGAUUAUUCUGUCGAUCCUUCAUCAUUUUCCAUAACACCUACAACCUUUGAAGCUGUUGCUGUUUCAAAUCAAAAUAGAUUAAAGGUUAAAAUUGUUGGUCUAAAUGAUUCUAGGUUACGUAUUGUAAUUGAUGAAGAGAAUGGAUUACGUAAAAGAUUCUCACCAACAAUUGCAUUAAAUGGUGAACCUCAAGAGGAUAACUUAAAAGAUAUAAAAAAAGAGGCUUCUUUUACAUCAUUUAGUAUUAGUAAUGACAUUUAUCUUCAGUUACAUUAUAAACCAUUUAAACUUGAAAUAAAAAAAAAAGAUGAAACUCUUGUUUCUAUUAAUUCUGAUAAUCUUUUGAAAUAUGAACAUUUCCGUGAAAAGAAAAAUGAUGGAAAGGAUGAUGGUGAAAAUUUUUGGGAAGAAGAUUUUAAAGGGCAUCAUGAUAGUAAACCACAUGGUAGUAGUAGUGUUGGUGUGGAUAUUAAUUUUCAUAAUUUCAAAUAUAUUUAUGGAUUACCAGAACAUACAGAUAACUUAGUUUUACAAAACACAAAAUCUGGUGAACCUUAUAGAUUAUAUAAUUUAGAUGUUUUUGAAUAUGAAGUUAACAGUAGAAUGGCUUUAUAUGGUGCUGUUCCUUAUGUUAUGGCUCAUGGAAAGGAUCAUUCUGUAUCUGUUCUUUGGCUUAAUGCUGCUGAAACAUGGAUUGACAUAGAAAAUGAUUAUCGUGGUAUGAUAAAAACUCACUUCAUGUCAGAGUCUGGUCUUAUUGACAUUUUUAUUAUGUUAGGACCAACACCAAAUGAUUUAUAUAGACAAUAUUCAUCAUUAACUGGAACUUAUCCAUUACCACCAUUGUUUUCAAUUGCAUAUCAUCAGUGCCGUUGGAAUUAUAAUGAUGAAGAUGAUAUUAAACAGGUAAAUGCUGGUUUUGAUAAAUAUGAUAUACCAGUAGAUGUUUUAUGGCUUGACAUUGAACAUACAGAUGGAAAGAAAUAUUUUACUUGGGAUAAUAGUAAAUUUCCAAAUCCUCUUGAAAUGGUUAAAGAUUUAACUAAAAAGGGUCGUAAACUUGUUAAUAUUGUUGAUCCACAUAUUAAAAAAGAUGAUAAUUAUUAUGUUUAUAAUGAAGCAGAGAAAAAUGGAUAUUUCGUAAAAAACGUUAAUGGUGAAGGAAGUUAUCAAGGACAUUGCUGGCCAGGUGCUUCUAUGUAUCCUGAUUUUUUAAAUCCUGAUGUAAGAAAGUGGUGGAGUGGUUUAUAUUCAUUUGACAAAUAUGAAUUAUCUAAUAACGAUAUAAUGAUUUGGAAUGACAUGAAUGAACCUUCUGUUUUUAAUGGUCCUGAAGUUACAAUGCCAAAAGAUAUUAAACAUUUUGGAGAUUUUGAACAUCGUGAUAUUCACAAUAUUUAUGGAUUGCUUCAUCAUUCUGCUUCUUAUCAAGGUAUUAUUGAUCGUUCCAAUGGUAAAUAUCGUCCAUUCCUUCUUACAAGAUCUUUCUUUGCUGGAUCACAAAGAUCUGCUGCUGUAUGGACUGGUGAUAAUGCAGCUGAAUGGGGGCAUCUUAAAGCGACAGUUCCUAUGCUUCUCUCUCUUUCUAUUUCUGGUAUUCCACAUGUUGGUGCCGAUGUUGGAGGAUUCUUUAAAAAUGUUGAUGAUGAGUUAUUAAUUCGUUUCUAUCAAAUGGGAGCUUUUUCACCAUUCUUCAGAGCACAUGCUCAUAUUGAUACCAAACGUAGAGAACCAUGGUUGUUCCAAGAUGCCACCAGAAAUGCUAUUCGUUCAGCUGUUAUGCAAAGAUACUUCUUCUUACCUUACUGGUAUACUUUAUUUUAUGAACAUGGAUUAAAUGGAAAACCAAUUAUGCGUCCAUUAUUUUCAGAAUUUCCAACUGAUGAACAAUGUUACGAUGAAGAGAGAGAAUUUAUGAUAGGAAAUAGUUUACUUGUUCGCCCUGUAACAGAACCAGGAGUAGAUCAAGUAUCUCUUUAUUUACCUGGAAGAAAUCAAAUUUGGUAUGAAUGGGAUAACCAUAAAAUUCGUCCUGCACCAGGUGCUGUUUAUACUGAAACUCCUAUUGACAGAAUUCCAGUUUUCCAAAGAGGUGGUACAAUUGUUCCUGCUAAAAACCGUCUUAGAAGAUCCUCCAAACUUAUGCAAAAUGAUCCAAUUACAUUGUAUAUUGCUAAUGACCUUGCUAAUACAUUUGCCAAUGGAACAAUUUACCUUGAUGAUGGAGAAACAUUUAAUUAUAAAAAAGGAGAUUACUUAUAUUGGGGAUUCACUUAUAAAAAGAAGUCUGAUCAUCUUUUUACUAUUACUUCAAAAUCUCUAGAUCCUAAGGGAACUUAUGAUCCUGACGUUUAUAUUGAAAAGAUAGUUAUUCGUGGUGUUAGAUACUAUCCAACUUCUGUUCAUGUUUAUUUGGAUGAUUUUUCACCUGAAGAUGUUGAAUUUGAACAUAUUCGUGACGAUGGUUUGCUUGUUAUUAAAAAACCUGGUUGCUUUGUUUCAAGAGAAUUUAGAAUCGAUAUUCACACAUAA